AUAAGGUGGCGCCCAUGCCGCGCGCUCACCCCGCAGUAAACCAUGCCGCUGCUACUCCCAGGUGCUAAAACCCUAUUCCUCUCCCACUUCCCGCCUCUGCCUUCACCCCCCCUGCAGCUGCGCCGUGCUACCGCCACCUCCACAGCCGCCGCUGGGAGGGGCGACGAUGCGUCGGCGGCGGCGGCGGCUUCCGGCACGACGGCGAGGGAGCGGCGGCUGGCCAAGGUGCGGGAGGAGCGCCGCCGCCGCGAGUACGACCGCGAGCAUACCUACCCCGGCUGGGCCAGGGUUCUGGAGAACGCCUGCAGAGACGACGAUGAGCUGCGCGCCAUUCUUGGCGAUAGCAUCGGGAACCCGGAGCUCAUGAAGCAAAGGAUCCAAGAAAGGGUGCGCAAGAAGGGAAGAGAGGGGUUUAACAGAUCCAAAACGGGCUCGGUCGCCGCGUUUAAAGUCAGCUUCCGAGACUUCAACCCGUUAAAUGCUUUCGUUUGGUUCGAACUCUUUGGAGAACCAACCGAUCGAGAUGUUGACCUUCUUGGCGGUGUAAUUCAAGCUUGGUACGUCAUGGGGAGACUAGGAGCUUUCAACUCUUCAAAUUUGCAGUUGGCUAAUUCAAUGCUGGACUUUGACCCUUCUUAUGAUUCUGAAGAAGCUUCUAAUGUAAUGCCUUCGUCUUUCCACGAUAUCAGUGACGUUGAGUUUCAAGACAACUGGGGCAGAGUAUGGGUGGACCUUGGAACUUCAGAUUAUCUUGGGUUGGAUGUAUUGCUGAACUGUCUUACACAAUUAAGUUCAGAGCACUUGGGCAUCAAACAAGUGGUUUUCGGCGGCAGAAAACUGGGCGACUGGGAGGAAGGCAUGACGAGCUCCGAUUACGGAUACAAGCACUUCAAAAUAUAGCAACCAGGAAGUGAUAUGCAGCGAAUCCUUCCCAGUUGAUUGCAAGGAAUUGUAUAAUAUCUGAGGGAUCCUCAGCACAUAAUUUCAGAGGAAUUUUGCUUAGUACUGUGUCAAGAGUAGUCAAAACUUGUGGAUUUGGAUUUGCUCAUGAAUGUAAAUAAUUUGGUUAAGUUGGCAUAUCGUAUAUUUAAGAUAAAUGGAAAGUUUCGUAUACACAAGAGAAUUCUGUUUC